CCCGUUCUGCUGGAUUCCAGCGACCUGAGCCUGGCCCACGUCCGAGAGAUGGCAUGUUCUAUCGUCGACCAGAAGUUCCCUGAGUGUGGCUUCUAUGGGAUGUACGAUAAGAUCCUGCUCUUCCGGCACGACCCUGGCUCAGAGAACAUCCUUCAGUUGGUGAAGAGCGCGACGGACAUCCUGGAGGGAGACCUGGUGGAGGUGGUGCUGUCAGCCUCUGCCACAGUGGAAGACUUUCAGAUCCGCCCCCAUGCGCUGUUCGUCCACUCCUACCGCGCGCCGGCCUUCUGUGACCACUGUGGGGAGAUGCUGUGGGGCCUGGUCAGGCAGGGCCUCAAGUGUGAAGGCUGCGGCCUCAACUACCACAAGCGAUGUGCCUUCAAAAUCCCCAACAACUGCAGUGGCAUUCGCAAGCGGAGGCUGUCCAAUGUUUCCCUGACAGGGCUGUCCACCACCCGCUCGGUGUCCACAGAGCCCUCCCCCAGCACCUCCGACGAGACCCUGCUGUGUCCGGUCAGCCCCAGCAUAGAGCAGAAGACACAAACGGACGCGCUCCCGGGCCGAGAGAAACGGUCCAACUCCCAGUCCUACAUUGGACGCCCCAUCGAGCUGGACAAGAUCCUGCUGUCCAAAGUGAAGGUUCCACACACCUUUGUCAUCCACUCCUACACACGUCCCACGGUGUGCCAGUACUGCAAGAAACUGCUGAAGGGUCUGUUUCGCCAGGGCCUGCAGUGCAAAGACUGCAAGUUUAACUGCCACAAACGUUGUGCCGCCAAAGUGCCAAAUAACUGCCUGGGAGAGGUUGCCAUCAACGGAGAUCUGCUGAGCCCGGGGGCGGAGUCCGACGUGGUGAUGGAGGAGGGGAGCGAUGACAAUGACAACGAGAGGACCAACACGCUCAUCGAUGACAUGGAGGAGUCCAUGCCCGCAGACUCCGCCCUGCAGCUGGGGACCAGACACGGGGACAUGGGGGACAUCCAGGACCCAGACCCUGAGGACUCCAGCAGGAUGAUCAGCCCGUCGACCAGCAACAACAUCCCACUGAUGCGGGUGGUGCAGUCCGUCAAGCACACCAAGAGGAAAAGCAGCAACGUGAUGAAGGAGGGCUGGAUGGUGCACUUCACUAGCAAGGACACGCUGCGGAAGAGACACUACUGGAGGUUAGACAGCAAGUCCAUCACUUUGUUUCAGAAUGACACAGGUAGCAAGUACUACAAGGAAAUCCCACUGUCAGAGGUGCUGUCCCUGGAGCCGGCCAAGACGCUGACGCUGCUGCCGGAGGGGGCCAACCCGCACUGCUUCGAGAUCACCACGGCCAGCGUGGUGUACUGCGUGGGGGAGAACCUGCUGAACGCGGGCGGCGGCAUGCCGGCCAACAGCAGCGUGCUGGUCAGCGGUGUGGGCCAGGACGUUGCCCGCAUGUGGGAGAUGGCCAUCCAGCACGCCCUCAUGCCCGUCAUCUCCAAGGGGCUGUCUCACGGUGGCCGACACAGCCACCACAAAGAUGUUUCUGUUAGCAUUUCCGUGUCCAACUGUCAAAUUCAGGAGAAUGUGGACAUCAGCUCCAUUUAUCAGAUAUUCCCAGAUGAAGUUCUGGGGUCUGGACAGUUUGGAAUAGUAUAUGGAGGAAAGCACAGGAAGACCGGGCGUGACGUAGCCAUCAAGAUCAUAGACAAGCUACGCUUCCCCACCAAGCAAGAGAGCCAGCUUCGCAACGAGGUGGCCAUCUUACAGAACCUCCACCACCCCGGCGUCGUCAACCUGGAGUGCAUGUUUGAGACACCUGAACGAGUCUUUGUUGUCAUGGAGAAACUCCAUGGCGACAUGCUGGAGAUGAUCCUGUCAAGUGAGAAAGGGAGGCUGCCGGAACGCAUCACUAAGUUUCUCAUCACUCAGAUUCUUGUAGCACUCCGUCAUCUCCACUUCAAGAAUAUUGUACACUGUGACCUCAAACCCGAGAAUGUGCUACUAGCAUCGGCUGAUCCUUUUCCUCAGGUAAAGCUCUGUGAUUUCGGCUUUGCCCGCAUCAUCGGCGAGAAGUCUUUUCGGCGGUCGGUGGUGGGCACCCCUGCCUACCUGGCCCCCGAGGUCCUGCGGAACAAGGGCUACAACCGCUCGCUGGACAUGUGGUCCGUCGGCGUCAUCAUCUACGUCAGCCUGAGCGGCACCUUCCCCUUCAAUGAGGACGAGGACAUCCACGACCAGAUACAAAACGCUGCCUUCAUGUACCCUCCCAACCCCUGGAAGAAGGUGUCCCAGGAAGCCAUCGACCUCAUCAACAACCUGCUGCAGGUGAAGAUGCGCAAGCGCUACAGUGUGGAUAAGUCGCUGAGCCACCCCUGGCUGCAGGACUAUCAGAUGUGGCUCGACCUCCGAGGCCUGGAGUGUAAGAUGAACGAGCGCUACAUCACCCACGAGAGUGAUGAUCCGCGCUGGGAGCACUUCGCUGAGCAGCACGGGCUGCAGUACCCCGCCCACCUGAUCAACCCCCACGCCGACGUCAGCGAGGGCGUGGAGCCCGAGGAGGCCGAGAUGAGCACGCUCAGUGACAGGGUCAGCAUUCUGUGAAAGCAGUGCCACCCCUCGGGACUAUCUGACUCCGCCCCCGGGACUGAGACUGUCCAAUGGCACUGUGACUCUGCACCCAGGGACUAGGACUCUGUCCAAUGGCACUGUCUGACUCUGCCCUCUGUGGUUGGGUGGUCCAAACCUACCAUCUUUGGCUGAAUGACUCCGCCCCCUAGCAGUGUCAGACCCUUCCCUCUGACUGAGGGAUGGUUAGCUCCGCUCUCUCUGAUAGGGACAAGUUUACUCUUGCCAUGAAGGCUGCCCCCUGCUGGUGCCUGCUGGUACCUCUGUUCCCAAUACCAGUUAUUCAGAUGCCAGCUGAAGGUGCUGCAUGUCCAGAUGGCUCAGGUUUCACAACCACUGAAUGAAGAGGCUGGAAGUCUCCUGCCUCUCCCCGAGCUCCGGCAGUGUGCUGUCAGCCCAACUGCACCGGGAGCUACUGCCAUGCUAUGCCUGAGCUGCAGUUUCAUACAGGCCAGCCUGCAGUCUCACACGGGCGGGGCUGCAGUCUCACACGGGCGGGGCUGCAGUCUCACACGGGCGGGGCUGCAGUCUCACACGGGCGGGGCUGC